AAACUGGGGCCAUUACUGGAAAUCGAACGCAAUGGUGGUGGAUGUAUAAAAAGUCAGCUCACCAUUAUGGGGCAGUUCAUUCCUUUACAAACUCCGUUUACAUUCAGUUCGUAUCCUUGUUUGAUUAGCCGAUCGUAUAAAAACAUGAGCCCUUUAAUGUUUUGUUCCUCGGUAGCGAUGGUGCUCCUUCUGCUACAAACGACUGUCCUUCCAGCGAGCGGAAAGUACGUCUAUCACGAUCAGGAAGAUGGUUUGCUCGACGAAAGAUAUCUGGAAGCAAUCGAAGGACUGAAAGAGGCCCAAGCAGGAGCACAAAUCCAUUCCAGCGUGUCAGAAAAAUCGAAAACCGUUCCAGUGCCAGUGUUCCAGAAGGUUGGCGUCCCCGUACCACACCCAGUCCCGGUGGCCGUACCGCACUACAUUAAGGUGUACAUUCCGCAGCCCUAUCCGCUCCAGGUGAACGUCGAGCAACCGAUCAAGAUACCGAUCUACAAAGUCAUCCCGAAGGUGAUCGAAAAACCCGUCCCGUACACGGUGGAAAAACCGUACCCGAUCGAGGUGGAGAAACCGUUUCCGGUCGAGGUGCUGAAGAAGAUUGAAGUUCCUGUUCCGAAACCGUUCCCGGUGCCGGUAACCGUCUACAAGCAUAUUAUGCAGAAUGAGAAAACUCACCGCAACUGGCAUUUUUAA